GCGAGGUGCAGACGAGCGCCUACCCCGGCCGCAUAAUAGUGACGGAGCCGAAAGGAAACACUCAGCCCAGGAUAAGCGUCGACAAGUACAAUGCUCGGCGCGUCGUCCUCGGCGAAGACGUCACCCUGCCUUGCGUGGCGCAAGGACAUCCGGUUCCCGGUUACUACUGGAAGAGAGAACUGCAAGGCCAGAGCGUACCUGUUGCGCUGGGUGAACGACUCACCAUCCUCUCAGCCGGCUUACUGAGGAUAUCUAAGACCUCGUACAUACUCGACGUAGGACAACAGAAAACCGUCACCCGCGAGGUGCAGACGAGCGCCUACCCCGGCCGCAUAAUAGUGACGGAGCCGAAAGGAAACACUCAGCCCAGGAUAAGCGUCGACAAGUACAAUGCUCGGCGCGUCGUCCUCGGCGAAGACGUCACCCUGCCUUGCGUGGCGCAAGGACAUCCGGUUCCCGGUUACUACUGGAAGAGAGAACUGCAAGGUCAGAGCGUACCUGUUGCGCUGGGUGAACGACUCACCAUCCUCUCAGCCGGCUUACUGAGGAUAUCCAAGGUUCGGCUGGAAGACAGGGGAGUAUACGUGUGCUUCGCUAACAACUCGGCCGGGGAGGAAAGCGUGCGAGUCACCCUUGAAAUAACCGCUCCUCUGACGGCACACAUCCAGCCCCAAGUCCAAGUGGUGGACAUCGGGAAGGACGCCGGCUUCCAGUGUAUAGUCAAUGGGUAUCCUGUGUCGCAAGUCAGCUGGCUUCACAACGGCAAGCCUGUGGCGCAGGACAACAGGAUGGAAGUCAUGGUGGAGCCCCCCAGGCUGACCAUAAGACAGCUGACGAAGGACGACCGCGGCAUGUUCCAGUGCGUUAUUAGCAAUAACUGGGACCAGGCGCAGGCCACCGCCGAGCUAGACAUGGGUGAUGCCGGCCCCGAGCUCAUCUACUGGUUCUCCGAGCAGACCCUGCAGCCCGGCCCGAUGGUGUCACUGAAGUGUGUGGCGUCGGGCAACCCGCCCCCGCAGUUCACGUGGACCCUCGACGGGUUUCCUAUCCCUGAUCACCCGAGGUUUCUAGUAGGUCAGUACGUCACCGUACAGGACGAUGUCAUCAGUCACGUGAACAUAACCAACAUCAAGGCAGAAGAUGGGGGCGAAUACACUUGCACGGCCCAUAACAGCGUCGGAAAAAUCUCGCACAGCGCGAGGGUGAACGUUUACGGAUUGCCCUAUAUUCGAGAGAUGCCAAAAAUUACCGGAGUCGCCGGUACCAGCUUGAUCAUUAAGUGCCCCGUGGCUGGCUAUCCCAUAGAGACCAUCACGUGGGAGCGGGAAGGGCAAGCCUUGCCGGUAAACAGACGCCAAAGAGUCUACGCUAAUGGCACCCUGGUGGUGGAGCAGACCCAGAGGAGGGAAGACGCGGGCACGUACACCUGUCAAGCACAGAACAGGCAGAGAAACACCGCCAGGAGAGACGUCGAGGUUCAAGUUUUAGUGCCGCCGAAGAUCCUCCCGAUAAAUCCGAUGACGGAUUUGCUGCGGGAAGGCAUGCGGGCCGCUAUCACCUGCCAGAUAAUGGAGGGCGACCUCCCCAUCACGUUUCGCUGGGAGCGGAACGGGAAGGUGGUCUCCAACAACGCGGCCCUCGGCACCGUCAUAAGGCGGAUCGACGAGUUCGCGUCCUCGCUAAUUAUCGAUCAGGUGACUUCCUCCCACAGCGGAAAUUACACCUGCGUCGCGGGCAACGUGGCUGGCUCGGAGAAGUACGUCGUUCCCCUCACCGUCAACGUUCCGCCGCGUUGGACUGUGGAGCCGACGGACUCCAGCGUGGCGUCUGGACAGGAAGCCAUCCUCCACUGCCAGGCGGAGGGGUAUCCCAAGCCGGUUAUCACGUGGAAGAAGGCUGUUGGUGAACAACCUGGCGAGUACAAGGACUUCCUCUUCGAACCGAAUGUCCAACAGUAUCAAAACGGAUCUCUGAAUUUUAUGCAUAUUUCGAAAGAAAACGAGGGACAAUAUCUUUGCGAAGCCAAGAACAACAUCGGAGCAGGAGUUAGCAAAGUUAUUUUUUUAAGAGUUAAUGCGCCUGCCCGAUUUCCCCAAAAAUCGAAGCAAAUCCAAGUAGUCAAGGCAGACCAAGCACAUCUGCAAUGCUCAGCUCUGGGAGAUACACCCAUGGAAAUAACCUGGAAGGUUGGAGGGCAGCAAAUAUCCAAGGACGCCGAUCAACGUUAUACCAUUCGUGAGCAGACCCUGGCGGAAGGGAUGGUUUCCGAGUUAGGAAUAGAAAGAACAAUCAGGCAGGACACCGGAAUUUUCAUAUGCUCAGCAUCAAACUCGUACGGAAAGGAUGAUAUGAAUAUUCAGCUGAUCGUCCAAGAAAUUCCAGAGCCUCCGAGGAAUGUCAGAGUUAUGGAUCAGCUGUCGAGGUCGAUUGGGAUUUCGUGGACGCAGCCGUACGCGGGGAACAGCCCCAUUUCGAACUAUAUUGUGCAGUAUAAGCCAGGAGCAGAAGCAUGGCCAAACCAACCCUUAAAGGUAACUGUGCCCGGCUCACAAACAACUACUACGUUACAAAAUCUGCGUCCAGCUCAAGUUUAUCACUUGAGGGUUUUAGCGGAGAAUCGUUUAGGACUCAGCGAACCCAGCCAGACCGUGCAAGUUAACACCCUCGAGGAAGUGCCAAGUGGUGCUCCUGUAGACAUAAGGGCGGAAGCGAAGAGUUCUACAGAACUGGUUGUUACUUGGGAGCCUCCACCUAGGGAAACAUGGAAUGGAAACUUACUGGGUUACCAUGUAGGCUACCAAGAAUAUUCUGGCGAGGACACAAACGCUGUUUCGCAAAGUUACGUUUUUAAGAGCGUCGAAGUGAGGCCCCACUAUGGGGGAGAAGCUACAUUACAGGGACUGGCGAAAUUCACCACGUAUAGUAUAAUUGUGCAGGCCUAUAACAGCAGGGGUUCUGGGCCAGCAAGUGAACCAGUAACAUCGAGAACUUUAGAAGACGCCCCUACACUACCUCCAGAGAAUGUGCAAUGUUCCGUUCUUACUGCUCAAAGUUUACACAUAUCAUGGGAGCCGCCACUGGUGGAAGGACAAAAUGGAAUUAUACAGGGAUACAAAAUUACCUUUCACUCUGUGGGAGAAUGGUUUGACAAUGACGAUCAACAGACCAAAAUAGUAAAUCACUUAAGGACAACCAUAUCCGGUUUACGUAAAUACACAAACUACAGCAUAACAGUGCUAGCAUACACCGCAAGCGGAGACGGAGUCAGAUCUGCACCUGUGUAUUGUCAAACAGAAGAAGACGUACCUUCCGCUCCUGCCGAAAUCAAAGCAGUUUUAAGUGCGUCUAAUAAGAUCCUUGUCUCAUGGCUACCCCCGAAGUACAGCAACGGUCCCCUAACUGGCUACACAUUUUAUAUGAGUGUCGUUGAGGACGGCCAAGAAGAAGGAACCCACAAGCGAGCUCUGAAUCCCUCCACCGAAAUGCACGAAGUGAUUCGUGCCCAAGAAACUGCCACCCUUCAAUUCUGGGUUACCGCCUCCACUAGAAUUGGCGAAGGCGAGAGCACCAGAGUAAUAACCGUCACACCUUCCAAAAUCGUACCUGCUAGGAUAGCGUCCUUCGGCCACGAGGUCGUAAGCUCCUGGAAACAAGACAUAUACCUUCACUGCCGUCGCGUAGGCGUUCCGCUUCCAAACGCCGUUUGGAGACUGAACGACCUGCCACUCGAGGUGGGAGGUCGCCGAUCCAUUUUACCCAACGCCACUCUAGUGAUCAAAGACAUUCAGAGCGUCGACCAAGCCAACUACUCGUGCAGCGUGGAGAACCAGCACGGCAGGGACGAAAUAGUGUACAGUUUGAAAGUGUUGGUUCCUCCAGAGGCUCCUGUACUGACAGUGGUGGAGUCCUUCACCGACAGCUUACACUUGAGGUGGAGCGACCAGGGCAAUGGAGGUUCGCCCAUUUUGGGGUACGUCAUCAAUUACAAGAGAGACCAUGGGGAUUGGGAGGAGUUGCAGAUCUCUGCGAGGACGGACGAGCACAUGUUGAGGAAUCUGUGGUGUGGGAGUAGAUAUCUGCUGUAUAUCACUGCUUUUAAUAGGAUUGGCACGGGACUUCCAAGUGAUAUUGUGCCUGCCCACACGAAAGGCACUGUGCCUGUUCAACCAAAGCAGUCCCAAAUGCUGACCAUGAACGCCACAGUAGUCACCGUGUGGUUGGAUUCCUGGGGCGACGGAGGAUGUGGAAUACUCUACUUCAUAGUAGAGUACAAGACCAGCAGACACUCGUCUUGGACGAUGUCCUCCAAUCACGUAAAGCCCACCGAAAGGAUAUACAGCAUCCAGGAUUUGCUACCGGCUACAGAAUACCAACUGAAAAUUACCGCCCACAACAACGCGGGCGACACGGAGGCCAUCUACAACUUUACAACUUUAACUUUAUUAGGUGUUGUUCCAGAAUUAGCCCCGCCAGUAUCGCACUCAGGAGACCACCCCUUUUACACCAACGCCAAAGUUUUCGUACCCAUAAUGUUGUCGAUAUUCGUGUUAGUUUUGCUAAUAGUCACGCUAUUUUGGAGAAAAAGUAAGUCCAGUUUAAGGGGUAGUACGCAGUUAGGGGAGAACAGUUUUAUUCUAGAUGAAUUUUCUAAUAAUGAAUAGUAUUAGUCCAUAAAACAUAAAAAAUAAGUCACUAUUUUUUAUGGACUCUUUUGUUUUUCAAAUACAGGGCGUUAAUGACGAAUUUCCGCCAUAUCAUUUUCAAAAUAUAGUAUAUUGCAUUGAAAUUUGCUACAGGUAAAUUUCUAAUUACUAUUUUAGUGCAUUUGUUAUUUAAAGUUACAACUUUUUGAGGUUAUGUCAUAAGGUAUCAGUAGAAGUCAGCGACCUCUAUCAGAUGAUCAAAAAUUAACAAUAGUGGCGUAUUUAGCAUCCUCAUAAACAUACUUAUACCAAAUUUCAUUGCAAUUUAUUGCACUU